AUGUCUCCAUAUCGGAUCAUCUAUGGAAAAUUGUGUCACAUAUUGGUAGAGCUAGAGCAUAGGUCGUAUUGGGUGGUUAAGAGCUGCAACACUGAUCUUAAGGAAGUUGGUCUGAACAAACUUCUUCAAAUUCAAAACCUUAAAGAAAUGCGAUCGAAUGCCUACCACAGCUCCGACAUCUACAAACAGAAGACUAAGCUUAUUCAUAAUGCCAACAUCCUAAGGAAGAGGGUCAAGGAGGGUGACAAGGUCUUAAGGUAUCAAGCUCGGUUCAAGUUUAAGAAGGGUAAAUUCAAGAUGAGCUGGGAUGGACCCUACAUUGUGAUAAAAGUGCAUGAUUUUAGGAUGAUAGAGCUAAAGGAGGAGGCCACGGGCAAGAUAUUCUAG